CUUCUUACUAGUUCUGCUUUCAUUGUUGCUGGUAGGCAUGCAAGGAACCUCUGCGGAGGAAACAACAACAUGCAAGGCUAAGAAGAGCUGCUACAACUUUGUUGAGAUGGAAACAAAGUGCGGCUCCUACUGUUUCCAAAAAUUCGAAGCAAUACUAAAGGAUAACAUUAAGUUGAGGAGCGAGCUCCAGGAAAGUGACGAGAAAAUUAGAACGAAGUCAAAACUAAUAGACCUGCAAAAUCUUGUGAAUUCCGGCCUAAGCCAAGAAGUUAAGACUUAUCAAAUAAAAUUGGGCAUUACAUCAGCUGAGGUAACACGCGAUACGACCACCUAUUUAAAAUCGCAUUUUGACGAGAUGAAGGCAUUUUUGGGAACACAUAAUUCCAAUAUUGAAGACCCUGAAAUGCUGAAACAAUGGUUGAAUGAAAGAUCAUCAUUAUUAAAUAUAUGAGUAAAAAUAAAGUGUAAUAAACUAUAA